GCAAGUUCUGUAGAGUACAAGCAUGGCGCAUCCGCAACCUGGUUACAAUGCUUGUCCGGAUCAUCAAGCUUCCUCAUCGACCUUCGGAGGAAGGGAUCCGGAAUAUUUACCAGAUGCUCGACAUCCCCAUCCCACCAGGUCGGUCAUCGGAUUCCUUGGGGAGUCACUGCGAAGCUGGAGAUGAUGCAGAGGAUGAGGACUUGUUGGCGGAAGAGGCUGGAGAGUCGGAAAGGGCUACAGAUGAUGAGAUUGACGAGGAUUUGUUGUGCCCAGAAGCUCCUUCCGAAGGUGCUGGAGCAGUCGAGCACUCACCGUGCUUGGUCGAGACCCCGAGCCCUCGUGUGCCACCAAGUCAAUCACCCGCCUCCGAAGCGAAGAACACCCCCCCACAGAGCAAGCAGCAGAUCUUACAGCAUUUGGAGCAGUGCCAGAAGACUCUUCAAGCUUUGCUGGAAGCCAAGCAGCAGCGACAAGCAGGGAAGCAGGAGCUGCAGAUGCUAAGCCGUAAUGUGGAAACUCAAGACACGCUCCCCAUGGAGCCAGCUGCAAUCGACGAAGCAGUGGAAGUAGCUAAGGAACAGAUAUUGAAAGCUGAACGUCUUCAGUUGCGGUCGGCUUCAGACCGAAAGCGCAAAGACCUUGAUGGGUCCUGCGCCUGGAUGCGGAAGGGCGGUGAGAGUGAUGUCGACAAAACAGGGAUGGGUGGGUGUGCUACCGGGGUGGCGGUAUCGGAGCAGCCAGCUCAUGACGCAAGCCACAAACAUGCCGAGACCCAUCCCAUAAAAGCCAUCAAGAAAGAACCGCCGUCCGUGCCCAUCAAGAGAGAGCCGCAAGAGUCACAAGAGGCGCCCCCCAAGGAGAAAGAACUGCCAGCCAUGCCCAUCAAGAGAGAGCCACAAGAGUCACAAGUGGUGCCCCGCAACGAGAAAGAACUGCCAGCCAUGCCCAUCAAGAAAGAGCCACAAGAGGAGCCCAUGAAGCCAGAGCAUAAGGAGCCGCAGAAGAAGAUGCAUGAUGAUGCCGAUGCUUCUAUGGACCCCAAGCAGGUGAAGCCUGCUGCUUUGACCCCGGAGCCCAAUGCCGGGAAGCAGGCAGCCCUUGUUCCAAGUGACCCCCCGCCAGCAAAACCAUCUUUGUUGCAGAAUGCGCUUGUGUUGUCACCCGCUGAGCAGAAGAAAAUGGCCAAUGCAACAGCCAAAUCCAAAUAUGCACCUGGGAGUAAGAAAAAAAAGGCUGAUGCAGAUGAGGACGCAGAGGAAGAGCAGGAGAAGCAGGCACAGGUAAAGCGCAAGCCAGGGCGCCCAAAAGGGAAAGCAGCACCGAAGACACCAAGUUCCCCGAAGGCGAAGGCGUCGCCCAAAAAAGCGGCAGCAACAGAGGCAGUGAAGCAGACACAGCAGCCCCCAAGGCCAAAGCAAAGUGCAAAGCAGCCGCCAAAGCCAAAGCAAAGUGUAAAGCAGCCGCCAAGGCCAAAGCGAAGUGCAAAGCAGCCGCCAAAGCCAAAGCAAAGUGUAAAGCAGCCGCCAAGGUGA